AUGUCAGGGCGAAAGAGGACACAAGUAUCCGUGCCUGAGCCCGAGGACCAAGUAAAAAGGGGCGUGUCACUGAGACAGGUGAGGUCUACCGUCCAUGACCAUGAGAGCAGUGAUGUUGAUGAUGUCAAACCAGGGACAGUGAAGAGUCAGUACUUCUCCAAGGAGGGGGACCCACAAAGCCUUGGAGAAGAGUUCUUCAACCAGCCCUGUAUACGUUUGGCUAAAGCAUUCCUGGGGAAGGUAUUGGUGCGUCGGAGUGCUGAGCUGAGAGGGAGGGUGGUGGAGACUGAGGCCUACCUGGGAGGAGAGGACAAGGUCUCUCACUCUGCUGGGGGAAAAUGCACUGAGAGGAACACAGCAAUGUUUAUGAAACCUGGCACCAUCUAUGUAUACCCCAUCUACGGCAUCUACCUCUGUAUGAAUGUUUCCAGUCAGGGGGAGGGUGCUGCCGUGCUUCUGCGCGCUCUGGAGCCUCUACAUGGCCUGCCUCUGAUGAAGCAGCUGCGGAUAGCCAGGCGGAGGGAGGGGCCCCGGCCCCUGAAGGACAAGGAGCUAUGCAAUGUUCCCUCAAAGCUGUGCCAGGCCCUGGACAUACCACGCUGCUUCGACCGGAGAGACAUAGCCUCAGACCCAGAGGUGUGGCUGGAGAGGGACAUCCAGAUAGGUCCGCAAGAGCCAGACCUCAGGGAGGUGGUCUCAGCAAGCCGGAUCGGCAUUGACUCUCAUGGGGAAUGGGCCAUCAAACCCCUGCGCUUCUAUCUGCGUGGUCACCACUGUGUGAGUGUAGUGGACAAACAGGCAGAGACACAGACUCACUCACUGGUCAACAAUGUGAUAUCAGACUUUGCGUCCUCCACAGUGGACAUAUGUGAUGGUGACACAGGACAGUGUUGA